AGGAGCACCUUUUCCGGCUCUAGCAGCCGAUGCUCUUCGGAGCUGCUCUCUGCAGAGCCAGAGGGUGGGUCGGAUUCGCCGAGCGUGCAUGAGGAUGGAUCGCAGAUCCCGAGCUCAGCAAGGGCGCCGAGCUCGCCACAGUUACAACGAUCUGUGCCCACCCCUAGGCCGCCGGGCAGCCACCGCACUCCUCUGGCUCUCCUGCUCCAUCGCGCUCCUUCGCGCCCUUGCCACCUCCAGCGCCCGCGCCCAGCAGCGCGCGGCUGCCCAGCGCCGGAGCUUCCUUAACGCCCACCACCGCUCCGCCGCCCAGGUAUUCCCCGAGCCCCCCGAAUCCGACCACGAGCACGAGGAGCCAGACCUCGAGCUCUCCCUCCCCGAGUGCCUGGAGUACGAGGAAGAGUUCGACUACGAAUCCGAGACCGAGACCGAGUCUGAAAUCGAGUCGGACACCGACUUCGAGACCGAGCCUGAGACCGCCCCCGCCACUGAGCCCGAGACCGAGCCCGAGGACGAGCGCGGCCCCGUGGUGCCCAAGCGCCGCACCUUCGACCAGUCUCUCACUGAGCGUCUCAACGCCCUAAGGUUGCAGAGCCCCGACGCCUCCCCAAGUCGCGCGCAGCCCAGCACUCGAGAGUCUGAGAGCCCCAGACAAGGAGAGAAGCCCGAGGACAAGGAUCCGAGGGACCCCGAGGAGUCUGAGCAGCCAAAGGAGAAGCAGCGGCGCCGGCGCUGCAAGCCGAGGAAGCCCACCCGCCGCGACCCAUCUCCGGAGUCUCCUUCCAAAAGGGGACCCAUCCCCAUCCGGCGUCACUAA